AUGACUGGCCAGGCUCCCAUUCAAGCGGGGUCCGGCGUCAGCAUUCUCGAGCCAAACCAGACCAUCAACGAUAUCACCCAAAAACUCUCAGGUUACCUUACGGCCACACACAGCCCGCCGUUCACAGCACCAGUUGGAUUUGAUGAUGCCUUAAAUGACCUCGGCUCACCAGACCCCAUCGCGCAAGUCUUCCAAAGUCGAGGGUUUUGGUCUUGGCUAGCAUAUUUCCUGGCGACCAAAGAUCCCAAGACUCAGCCGCCUCUAUCCUUGUCUGGCAUUCCAUACGACACCCUCUCUGUUAUUGCUUGCCAUGUAUCAGAGGUGCCAGUAGAAAAGACUCUUCUUAAGCGUAUUCAGAUCACGCUCUGGGUUGCUAGGCGAGGGGCAUCGCGCCGUUGUGAGGCAGGGAUUUCUGGCUUCCCUUCCUGUCCUUCAACCAUGCCUAUGCCAUCCCCCGAACCAAACCCCCGCAAGCGACCGCGUGGCCAGUUCCUCGAGGAUCCCGAUGACCCAGCGCACGUCGCUCAGCGACCCAGAUCGAACAACACGAUCUCCGGUACCCCACGGACAGAUACAACGAACUCGGUAUAUCACCCAGCUGCGGGCCAGCCGACCGAAGAGCUUCAUACAUUCGAUCACCUAAGCCAACCGAUGUUGAACGUUGACCCGCCAGAUGGAUACGCGUACCCCGACGCUCGCAGAAUACCAUCGGUCUUUCGCCCAGAGCUCGGUGACAUGAUUGCUCGGAACGGUCAUAAAGCCUCAAUAUUUGCAUCAUUCCCACCCGAUGCAGCCAAAUGCCGUCUCCUCCUGAACAUAGAGGCUGCAGAGGUGUCGCCCCUCGUAAUGAGGCUCUACGGCAUACAGAUUGUUGAGAUAGAACAGCAGAGGGCUUUCUCCCUUCCGGGCGGAGUAAACGCGGCAAUAUCCGGCUCGGUGCAAUUCACAAAGACUAAACUCAGUCUCUUGGAUGAAUUAUUUGGAGACUUGAUUAUUCAGGGAGUGCGAAAUAGCCGACGGUAUCUGGACGAAGUGGCGCAAGGUAUCAUGCUAUCAAAAUGCGUAAGGAUGGAAGUUCCUGGCGCGGCUGAUUGUCCGGCCCAAAUCACCGUGACGAUAAAUGAGUUCGCUUUGAAUAAUAUAAUUACCAAACUCUGGCUAUCUUGA